UUUCCAUUCCCAUGUUUACCAGCGCCCUUUCAUAAAUGUCAUUUUCCCAACUAGUAAAGUGAGCUUGUUUAUAAAGUAUUGUAAACUCAGAUCUAUCAAGUUUAGCCCGGUCUAAAAGUGACCCUUUUAACAAAACUCGCGCCCGAAAAACUCGAGUAAUUUAGUCCGAAACUUGGAAAAUCGAAACUAUAUUAAAGCAAUGAUCAAACGAGCCAGCAUGCUGUUUACCUCUACGUAGUAUUGGCUAGUUUAGAGCAUUCAUAAUUCCCAGAUUUGAGGGUCCUUUUUAAUUAAACUGCUGUUAACUUUGGGAUUUUGUAAACCGCCAAAUGAAUUCUGGUCAGCUCACUUUCCAUUAAAUAUUGGCCAUAGUAUCUUGAUAUUUCGGAUAUAUAAGAAAAUGAUAAAAAGUGAAAUUUAUAGUCCAUACUAAAAUAUUGAACAGUUAAUUUCAAUUCUAUUUCGUUUUACUUUUCCGCUGUUUAUUGUUUUUUUAUUUUCUCAAUAAUUUAUUCAUUAUCCCACCUGCAUUUCGGUUUCGAUUUGUUUCCAUUUUUCGUACUUUUUUUGUGGCAUCUGCUUUUUCUAAUUAUAAAUGAGAGGCUUUUUCGCUCUUUCGCUUUAAAACCAGUUGAAAAAUCUUUUUAGUUGCGAGCAUUUUUCGAGAUUCAUCUGUUUACCUUCUCAAUUAUUAACUACUCUUCAUAAACCAUUUUUGCAGUACUUUAAAUCACAGUACAAAGUACUUGCUCAUCAUUCGGACCAGCAAAAUACACCAAAACUGUUCAUAUAUUCUCAAUUAAAAGAUUUUUCAGCCAAGUCUCGUCUUACAGACUUGUAACGCGUCUUGAGCCAUUUUGAGUGUGUAAUAAAAGCUUCAUUACAGAAACAAAACCAAAAAUCUGAAACUUGGUUUCUGUUCUACACAAAAAAUACACCAACUUAUUUUCAGCAAGCCUAAUCUAAGCUAAUAUAUUCAUCUGGAAAAUUGAUGCAAUUAGUUUUUUAUAUUUUCUCAGACUUUGAAAAUAAUUUGAUACAGCUAUUAUUGUUCAUAUCAGGAGCGAUCGAUUGCAACUCUUAGCCAAAAAUAUUAAAUCAGUUUUGUUUUUCUUUAUUUGAGCCGAAUUUCUGAUCUGACAACUUUGAUCAGAAAAAAAACGAAGAAACGCUGAGUUUAAACAUGGUUUCCACGAGUUCUCUAUCGACUAGCACGAACUCUCUCUCGUCUCUCGGCUACAUUCCGAGUCUGUCCGAUUCACCCACUCCAGGAGAGGAACUGAAGCUGCGGAAGUUGUUCGUGGGGGGUCUUCCGUGGAGCACGACAACGGACACUCUGAAGAAACACUUCGAGCAGUUCGGAGAGAUAGAGGAGGCAGCUGUCAUCUUCGACAAGGAGACGGGGAAAAGCAAGGGAUUCGGAUUCGUGACCUUGAAAGAUCGGAAGGGAGCGGAUGAAGCGUGCAAGGAUCCGAACCCCUACAUUGACGGCCGAAAGGCAAAUGUGAACUUGGCUUUUCUGGGCCAGAAGCCACGAAGCAGCAGCUUCUCGGGAAGCAACACUAACUUGGCGGCUCUGGGUCUGAGACCGGGUGCAAUCACUCCAACUUCUCCUGGACUUCUGGGGCAUCAUGGCCACCAUAUUGGAAUGCACGGUGCGGCUCUAGGGGGAAUGCAUGGCAACUACAUGUACCCAGGUCAAAACCUCAACCAAAUGACUGCGGCGGCCGCUCUGAUGUUGCAACAGAACCUCGCGAUAGCAGCACUGCAACAACAACAUCAGCAACAGCAGCAACUCGCUCUGGCAGCCGCGCUACACCACCAGCAGGGCCACAAUCAACACCCGGGUGGCGGAGGUGUCCCGACAGCUGCCAUGCAUGCCUCUGUUGCUCACAGCGCCGCCUCUGCUAUGCCGCAACAUGCCGGCGGAAUGCAGGCGGGAGGUAUGACCCCACAACAACUGUUAGAGAUCCAGGCUAUAUAUAGCGCCGGAAUGCACUCGGCCGCGGGGUCUGGCGGUGCAAUGAUGCAGCAACACCAUCAUUCUCUUUCGGCGAACGGAUCCGAAAAUCAUCAUUUGAUGAUCCCCGGAGCCCAAGCGGGCGUCCCGUUGACGCCGGCAACAGCGGCACAACUAGCGCUACUUUCGCAACUGACUAACGCUUCGCACAACGCCAAUGGAAGUCAGUCGCCUUAAAAUGAAGAAAUAAAUCAAAGAAUCUUUCUUAACUGAAUCGACGUUACCUUAUUUUUAUGCUGCAUUGUACAAUUUACAUAUUUAUAAGUGCAAUAAUUUAUUCAUAAUAAUGAUAAUGAAUCGAUGACUAUUCUUUCAUUGCCAAAUCUUGAAAACUUUCUUCAGAUGUAUUUCAUGAGCCUUAAAACAUUCAA